CAUGUCGGGGGCUGAUGUGACAUUCCAAAUAUACGGCCCAAAAAAAGAUGAGAAAAAAGCGAAGAACAUCCUCAACAAAUGGAUAGAUCGGGGCUAUAUCGGAAACAUUACUGUAGCUGAGAAAGACAGCUCGAUUAAAACACCACUUUCAAUUCAGAGUGUGGAUAUAAAUCAGCCUGGGUUAAUCAGGGAGGACGAUGAAUUCAUUCUAAGUUGUGUCGCCCGAGGAUCACCGUCAAUAACAUUCCGCUGGUUCAAGGAUGGAACUUUCGUAAAUUUAACCCAUGCAUCACACAAAUGGAUAAAACUGAUAAAAGACCCACACGUGACUGACCAAUAUACGGCGUUGUUGGCCGUGCAAAAGGCUCAAAAGUACGACGAGGGAAAAUUUACAUGCCAAGUGGAGGAUUUUAAUAUUCAGCAAUGCAUGUCGAAAUUUGUUAAAGUCAAAAGGCGACCUUCAGUCAAAAUUGAGCCGAUGAGUUUAACUGUGAGAAAGGUUCGUUCCGCUGCCUUUUCACCCCGCUAAUUAAUUAGAGUACUCAAACAUUCCUUUUUGUUAACAA